CGCGGAUGUCCAUGAAGCCCUCUACAAAACACAACCAAGUAAUUCAGUAGUGCUUAAAUGACCGUCAUAAAAAUUGUAGUAUGCAAUUUUAUUCACUCAGCAUUGAAUAUGACCUGUGAGUAUAUGUCGAUGAAUUAGCUGUUCCAUCAGUUGUCGUCCGACAUAACGGCAUACUGACGAGAAAUACCUCCAAUAUCUACAACCCAUGAUACCACUCCGGACAAAGUUUGACAGUUACAUGAAGCAGCAGAAUGCCAACCAGGAGGUUGCACCAUUGAAGAAAUCCAUUCAUCUCUUAGACGGCGCUCAGGAAAUUACCGUAGCAACUCAGUGUACACGAGACACAACUAACCACUGCACACUAGUCACAGCUAACGAUCCCUUUGCUGGUUCGCAGUGUGAACCAGUUCUUGGUAUUCUAACCUAUGCUACUCGAAGGCUAACAAAUCGUUCUCCUAAUUACUGUGACUGUCGCAACUGCACGAUACACUUUUUCCUGUUGGACAACAAUUGGCUGACAACUCCAAGCAAACACCAUACUGUCGGAAUCCCUAAGUCGACUAACACACUCACAAGAGACAUCUGAAAGCCUGUAAACUAACAGACAACCUCACCUAUCUGACAUGCCGACAAGAACU